AUGGCGCAGCAUUCAAUGCCAUCUGCCUACGGCUCUGUGCCUGCCCCGCCAAACCAUCUCUACGCCAACGCGCCAAGAGGCAUGAAGGAAUACGACCUUGCCGGCACCAGCCAUGGUCCCUCUGUUCCUCGUGCACCUUGGCAUCCGGCACCACCUACACAUCCUUACUCUCACCUCCACCCAGCCUUCCAGCAACAAAGUCCCAUGCCCUAUCAGCCUUUCGAGCCACGCCAUCCCGGGGACAGCGAGCCUCUUCGCCCGCCCCCUGCCCAUCACCAUCAUCACGGCGGCCCGCAUCAUCCACAUCUCCACCACCAUCCCUACAACAACCCUGCUCAUUCGCUUCCUCCAUACCCCUCCUCUUCCCAGCAAGCCGCCGACAUGCAUCACAGACACGUCUCCCGCGCUGCCUGUCUCUCUUGUCGUUCCGCAAAGCGCAAGUGUGACGGUGUCAAGCCCAUCUGCGGGCCCUGCGCUCUCAGAGGUGUCAAGGAUGGCUACCAGGGAGACGACGGAGGCUGCGUUUACGUCGCCAGUAAGCGCGGAGGCCCUCGUUUCAAGGGCAUCAAAGGUGCUGAGGCCACCAAGCGCAAGCUAGAUGAACGUGAGAAAGGUGGCAAGCUCAAGGGCGGCCGAAGUUCCGACCAGCAUAGCCAUGAUGAAUCUCAUUCUCAGUCGCCUCCUGAUCAUGGAUCGCAUCCACAUUCAUCCUCGCUCUAUACGCCGCCCGACGCCAACCAAAUCCAUCCUCGCUAUCCUCAAGCCGACCAGCACGCUUCUAUACCUCGAUCCACUGCGCCAAUGCCGCUUGCCAACCUUGAUCUCUCUCGAGCUCGCGCAGACAUGGUAGCCACUACCACUCUCUCUCCUGACGCUUUGCCGCUCAACGAGGAGAGCAAUGAUGCCUUUUCCUUUGAUCGCGAGCGAAACGCCCUCACAUCCUGCAGUCUCUUCCGCCCAGACGCCGCCGUCAGCGGUGGUCUCUUUGACGACUUGCCAGCCACCAACUACGACUUGCUUCAGAAGCUCUCCGCCACACAGGCCUCCCUCGGUCUUUUUUUGGCCAAUUUCUACCACAAGCUGGAAGAGCUGCCCAAAGCAGGUGCCCUCGCCAUGUUCAACGUCGACGAGUUCGGAAGCAUCGAAGUUGACAUGCCCCAGGCUCUACUGGAGAUUGAGACUGCCAACAAGUCGAGCGCUGCGGUUAACUCGGAACAGCAGGCGCGCGCCUUGUUGUCAGACUUUUACGAGCUCGUCUAUCCAGCUUGUCCAGUCAUGUUGCCCUCCGGUCACCUCUCCUCUCUCGCCUUCCACUUGUCCGAGGACGAAUCGUCGGCUCUUCUGGCGGCAACAUCCGCUUGUGUUGCCCUCCAGUUGCCGCAGACUGAGGCCAAGCGCAUCGUUAAGGGCAGUCUGCUCUUCCACGACCCCAACGAUCACGAGACCAAGGCCGAGCUUCUCGACCUCGAGCAUGCUUCUCGUGAGGAGAUUGCAGCCUAUCACGCCAAGUCUGCCGAGAAGCUGCUGUUGAAGAAGGUGGCCAUGUUGGCAAGAGCAAGAGCCUCUUGCUUCCCUUCCGAGGCAACGGCCAAGGUGAUAGAAGCUACCAAACUCCUUCCAAUGCAUCGCGGCGCAGGAGGUGCCGACAUCGAACUUACUCGAAUCAAGCUCAUCGCUACCCACACACUCUUGGCUCAUUACCAUUACGGAACAUCCAACAGCCGCCGCGCUUUCCACCAUGCAUCCCAAGCCUGGAAUCAUGCUCAGGCUCUCAACCUCGACUCGAGCGAAAGUGUCUCGUCUGCACCUUCUUGGUUCAACCACGAACAGAAAUGCGAAUGGGCUCGUAGAGCCUACUGGACCUGUUACACCGCUGCUACCGUCAUGUCGUGCACUGGUGGCUUCAAACCGCUCUCGGUGACAAGAGACAUGCCUUCCGAUCUUGGCCUUCUCCCCAACCUCCGCGGUGACCGCUCCAGUUGGAAGGCGCUCGUGCGUGGUGCUCAGUUUGUCUCGAGGUCCUAUGCUAGCCUGUAUGACCUCGACUCAUACAAGAACCGGCCGGAGAACAAGCUGCAGGAUCCAGUCAGCCAGACACGCGAACAGCGACGUCGAUGGGAGACCAUCUUCGAACGCAUGCAGAAGGUGGAUGCCGAUGUUAUGCAGUAUGCUCGCUCCGACCCUGUUUGGAGCGACGAGAGCUGUUUUGCUCCCAACAUUGGUCUCUCGCGCCGUACGGUCGAGUUUGAGGAGGAGAACGAGAUUCGUCUCAGUCGCAGUCUUCGAGUUGCAGGUAAGCUGAUGACGAGUGGUGCGCUCAUCAUUCUUCAUCGAGCACAGGCGUUUGCCAAUGCACGCAUCUUUGUUGCGCCCACCUGUGGCAUCCCGGGCGCAUGUGAGGAUAAUAGUGACACGGCAUCCGAUCUCUGUGGUCGCACCAAGGGUCCUGAUCGUCUUUGGCACCGUGAGGCGGAAGGUUUGCCGCCGUCGGGUAAGCCAGCAGGCAGCGAUGAGCUCAGCCCGAGCAUCGAGGCGCCCGGCAAAGCAGGAGCAGCGGGUACAGGUCGAUCGCGCAGUGCUAGUAGUUUGAGCAGCAGUGGAGCCGAAAGCGUUGGUAAGAGUCUGCUCAGUUCAUCCUCCUCCUCGAUGGGCAAUCAGAUCACUUUUACUGCUUGCGGCAUCCCUGUCAAGUUCAACGGUGGACCAUUCGAGCCUUCGGACUCGCUCGGCAGAUGUCGAUUUGCAGCAGGUGUCAUGUAUACCCAGCUGGCGCACAUCAACACUAGCACCUUCCGACACGGACGUCGUGAGUCGAUGACUCAGCUUCCUGUUGAAGCCAACAAUGGUCGAGAGAAUCGCGAGCACUGGUCUGCACCCUCCUUGCCACCUUUCUCUGCAUGCUCGCUGGUUCUUGCUGCCUAUGUGUUGCUGAUGGAGACGCUUCAUGCUCAGAUCGCAGCAGGCUUGGAGGAUGAUUUGGACUUUACCAAUCAGGAGGCGCUCGAAGAGGUUGGUGAGGAGGCACUCUAUCAGCUCUCUCCUAUCUUGCAGCCUAAUCCUCAUCGUACGGCACAGAUCCCUCAGUUGUCUGGAAGACAGGCUUACAUGUUGGCUAUCAAACUUAGGUCGUGCAUUCUGCAGAUCGAAGCAGCGCUGGAGAAGUUUUCGAGGGCUUGGGAAAUUGCUAAGGGUUACGCGCAGGAGGUUAAGCUGCUGUUGGAGGUCAAUCAGAGCCUUUUCACCGGAUCGAACGUUGCUCAGAUCAAGUUCUAA